AGCGGUGAGCCUCGACACCAUCCGAUCGCCACCUUCCCCGACCUUGGAAUUUCCCACCUCCUCCCCCAUAAGACCACAACCUCGCUCCCCUUCUCCAUCUCCAUCUCCAUCUCCAUCUCCAUCUCUCUCUCUCUCUACUGCUGCUGCUGCUCGCUCUCGUCGCCAACCAUGGCUCGUCCAGUAUUGUUCCUCUGAAACCCCCGAUCACGCAUUCGCCGUCGCCGUCUCCGUCGCCGUCGCCGCCGUGGUGGGCGAUGGAGUUCGAUCUGGAAAACCCGCUCACCAACUUCGACGACCGCUUCCCCGACAAGUCCUUCCUCUUCCUCGUCGAGUCGGACCACAUGCCGUCCGAGAAGUACGUCGCCGGCCUUCGGUCGGUCGGCUGCUCCUUCUCCUCCGACGAUCUCUCCGUUCGGCGGGACGUCGUCUCUUCGGUCUCGCAGUUGUCUUGCGGCUUCGAUCCGGCGCUGUCGUACCUCGCGAUCAAUUACGUCGAUCGGUUCUUGUCCUCCCAUAAAUUGCAGAAACCGAAGCCAUGGGUCUUGAGGCUUCUCGCCGUUUCUUGCGUGGCUCUGGCCGCGAAAAUGCUGAAGACAGAGAUCGCUCUCGCUGAUGUUCAGAGCGAUGGAGGAGGUUUCAUAUUCGACGCACAUUCGAUACAGAAGAUGGAGUUACUCGUGUUGGGGGCUCUCCAGUGGCGAAUGCGCUCGAUCACUCCCUUCUGUUUCAUCUCCUUCUUCGUCUCUCUGUUCGAACUCCGAGACCCGCCACUGGGGCAGGCUAUCCAAGCUCGAGCGAGCGAGAUCAUCCUCAAAGCUCAGAAUGAUAUCAAGCUUCUGGAGUUCAAGCCCUCAAUAACAGCAGCGUCAGCGCUUCUCUGCGCUUGUCAUGAGCUAUUCCCCUUGCAAUUUGCGAGCUUCAAGAGCGACAUCUCCAGUUGUUCGUAUGUAAAUAAGGAUAACUUGCUGCAUUGUUACAAUGCAAUGCAAGACGGAGCGAUGGACGGAUUCGGGUCAGCGCUCGAUGUUCACUCAAGCUCGGACACGCCCAUUAAUGUGCUGGACCACCAUUUCUCGUGCUCGGACAGUGAGAUGACCAAUGUCGCAGCCUCCACCGUCAGAUCACAGCGAGCCCUGAAGAGAAGAAAAACCCAGUAAAACCCGAAAAUAAUAACGACUAGUAGUCAACUUGGGGACUCCCCUGUCUCUGAGAAAUAGUUAAUUGUUUCUAGCGUCAGCGUUGAGAGGCUUCGAAAAUGACACCAGCUGGUUCAAAGAACGAAGAGAGAUAGAGACAGCGAGAGAGAGAAUGGGAAGUGGAUGUUUCGAGGGACAAAAUCACUGCGACGUGAUCUCGGUACGGGCCCCCUUCAUUAACGCUCGCUGUGCAAAAGAGGGGUGGUCCGAGCAGGAGCGAAGCGAAAAGUUAAAGUGGGAAGAAUUGUCUUUGUUUGGUUUCGGUUUGUUUGGGGAACCAAAUGCCGGGACGAAAACGUCACUCUAGGGGUCUGGACAGGAAUUUGGUAGAAGGGCUUUUUGCUUGGCCUGGUGUUUCUGUUC